UCGCCCCAUCCGAGUCGACGCAGUUCGUGGAGACCUUCAAUGGGAAGGAGUUCCGCGGACGUGCCCUCGUGGUGGAAGCAUCCACAACGACAGCAAUGCCAAAGCAGGGAGUCACGCGGCGCCGGGAGCGCAGCGACACCAGGCGCCACGAUAGCCGCCGCCGACGUCACAGAUCGGGGAGCCGCUCACGGCACUACAGCGACAGGCGGCGCGACCGCAGCCACGGUCGGCGCCGUGAACGCUCGCGAGAGCGCAAGCACCGUCGCCGGUCGUACAGCCGCAGCAGCUCUCGCUCUCGCUCUCGCUCCUCACGGUCGUCGUGA